UCGUCGCCUUACAUCUUCCCAUCCGGGCAUCCGGCACUGCCUACUCUCUACGUUGAGGCCACGGACCGUUGUCGCCAUCCUCCUUCGAUUGGUAGGCUUCUUCUAUUGUUACUCCUCUCUCAUACUCCUUCACCUUGAGCAGACCGUCGGGUCAAAGAGAGCAUCUCCUGGGGCAGCGAUAUCAGCUUUCGGGAGAACGUUUAUCAGCCCAUGGUGUUCUUUCAUGAUCAUCACAUGGACUCUCUCUCAAAGCGGAAACCAUUGCACUUGACACGUUCUCUACGUCACUGUUAUACUGGAGCCUACGCCAGCGAUGGUCUGGCUGAUUAUCGCAUGCCAAGGAGUCUUGGGCAAAGUCUCGGGAAUUGUGCAGGAAUGCCAUGGAGGCAGGAAACUGUGAAUUCUCUGAGCGGCAUGUGGACACGAGAAAUGAUACUGGAAAGAGAGGGCAAGUUGAAGGAUACUCCUGGCUCGACCAAGAGGAAGGAGAAGGAUGGCCCGGCCAUACGGCACUACCUCGGAUCGAUAGUCGACGGAGAGGGAGGUGGAAACGGUCACCGUGACUGUGAACUCGCGUUGAUACCUAUCACGACGAAGGAGGAGGAAUCGACGACAACAAUGGUAAGCUCCGUUCCACACGCCCGCCGCAGCAUGGCCAUGAGCAGCAAAUCUGCUGGAGGGAAGAAGAGGAAAGUAAUACGCGGACGAUACUUGGUGGAUACCAAUCUGGUAGUGUCUGGUAGGAUCUUGAACCAAAGUGCUAACAACAGUCACUGGUCUGGUAUCUGGUCAGUAACAAAGAUGUCUCAUUGGCUCUUCGGUUCACUCCGGGCUAUGGUCCCACCUCGUCCAAACAGCGCUAGUCCGUAGACGGAAGGGAAGCGCGUCUGGGAGCAUUUACCGGGCGGUGGGCGGAUGAAACCAAUGGAGCAACAGCACAGCCCCCAAAGUCUCUGCUGAUUUGUCGAGAGUUCGAAGAACCAGCAGGCAGGACUUGACAGACAGACACGACACAGCCAGGAAGGAGGACACUCACACACUCGCUCACUCAGUCAGGUCGCGUUCGAAGCCAGCUCAGUUCACAGUUCGCAGUUCAUCCACCCUUCCUUUCUAAUAAUCUACGACUCUCAGCCCAGCUCGCUCAUCAGUGUUCCAAGCUGCAGCAGUCUUACCUCUAAUUCGGGACACCCGCCGCC